AUGGAACGGCGGCGGCGCACGUCGAGGCUGACGGCUCUGCUCGCGUUCUCGCUCGCCGUCCUGCUGCUCGUCCCCUCUACCACCGCCGCUGAAUCAGCGAAGGCCAUCGACGCGAGCAGGAGCCAGCGCCUGGAGCUGCCCGACUCGCUGGUCGGCCCCGACGGCCCGGAGAGCGUGGCCAUCGACGCGCACGGCGGCGGGCCCUACGUCAGCGUCGCGGACGGCCGCGUCCUCCGGUGGGGCGGCGCCGGCGCCGGCUGGGCGACGUACGCGUACAGCCCGAGCUACGCCGAGAACGGCUGCGCCGCGCCGUCCGAGCUCCCGCCGGUCGCCAGGGAGAGCUCGUGCGGGCGGCCGCUCGGCCUGCUGUUCCACCGCGGGUCCGGCGACCUCUACAUCUCCGACGCCUACAUGGGGCUGAUGCGCGUGGGCCCGGGCGGCGGGGAGGCGACGGUGCUGGCGACGGAGGCCGGCGGCGCGCCACUGCGCUUCACGAACGGGGUGGACGUCGACCAGGUGACCGGCGACGUCUACUUCACCGACACCGACAGCAGCGAGACCUACCGGCGAUCGCAGCACCGGAUGGUCACCGCGACGGGGGACUCCACGGGGCGCAUCAUGAGAUACGACCCGCGUGCCAACCGGGUCACCGUGCUCCAGUCCGGCGUCACGUACCCUAACGGCAUCGCCAUCAGCGCCGACAGGACCCAUCUCAUCGUCGCGCUCACGGGGCCGUGCAAGCUGAUGAGGUACUGGCUCCAAGGGCCAAAGGCGGGUACGUCCGAGCUGUUCGCUGACCUACCGGGGUACCCGGACAAUGUGAGGCCUGACGGCAAGGGAGGGUACUGGGUGGCGUUGCACCGGGAGAAGUACGAGUUUCCAUUUGGGGUAAAUAAGCACUUGGUCGCCAUUGGGAUUGGCGCCGAAGGUGAGAAGUUGCAAGAGAUGAAGGGUCCUAAGAACGUACGGCCAACCGAGUUGGUGGAAACAAGAGAUGACAAGAUAUACAUGGGAUCCGUAGAGUUGACGUAUGUUGGCAUCAUUAGCACUUAGGGAGUUGAGUACCUAAGCUUACU